GGCACGUGACGGCCUCAAAUGGUGGAAUCUAAUGCCUGAAAGAAUCGGGUGCUCGCCACACGCCGCCGCGUGGUUCGGGCACUCCGCCCUCUCAUGGCUUUCUGUCCGUCUGCAUUAAUAAUUAUGGAUAAGGCAUAUAAAAAUGGUAGCAAACACCUCUGCCAGCUUUCCUCCGUCGUCUCCCAAUCUCGCCAGGUUUUGGAAUCUGGUUGAUUGGCGUAUACUCAGAGAAUGGCUAGUGAAGCUUCUACUCCUGUUAACGAUUGCGCUGUUCAUGUUUUCAGCAGCUCCAGAAAAAGAAAACAUGAUAAAGCUCCUAGAAACCACGAGGCUGAGAGGGAGCCAAGCAAUAAAGUUCCUAGAAAAAUCCACAAGGCCGAGAGGGAGAAACAGAAGCGUGAUAAUAUGAAUGUGCUAUUUGCAGAGCUAGCCAACGUUUUGGCAGAUCCAUCUCAUCAGAAUUAUGGAAAGGCUUGCAUAUUAAAAGAAACGAUGCGGUUAGUGAGGGAACUAAUUGUGCAGGUUGAUAAUCUCAGAAAGGAGAACGUUGCUCUUAAUUCAGAAUCUCAUUACAUGAUUGUUGAGAAGGAUGAGCUUAAAGAAGAAAAAAUUGCGUUGGAAGUCCAGAUUGAGAACCUGCUGACUAAAAUAAACGAAACAAUUCGUUCCCAAACUACCAACAUUACUUCUCCGCCACAGCUGACAGAGGACCAUCUUAGAACAAGUAUACAUGAUUAUGCAUCAUCCUCAGCUGCAGCUACCGGGCCCGUUUUGGUUGUGCCAUUACACAAUGACCUUCAAAUGUACAGCACGGCUGACAACCCCGAGGCUUUGCAGAACCUCCCACCCAGUGUGAGUAGACCUCGCCCUCGAUACCCAUCACCCUCGGAUUCAUGGCCAUCUCGUGUGCUCAACGUGGCAUCAAGCACAACAGAGGAUUCUUAGGUAAUUCAGUAUUAGAAUUUAGGACCAGACUGUUGCAUGAGCUAUUACCAUCAUCACAGUGACCCUGCAAUGCACUCCAUGUGUAGUUGAUUGUUCGUCUCAGGAAUGUCUAAUUGCUCAACUUAUUAGUGUAAAUGUGGUUAUCGUUCUUGAUUUCUUUCGGUUUUAAUUGGGUUGCUUUCUUUA